AUGAUCGUUCCUGAAAUUACUCUUGCACAACAUGCAAAGGCUAAUAAUGCCCAAAAGAAGAAAGCUACAACAAAGCAGCAGAACAAAAAGCUGCCUACUAAAUUGAUUACUCCAGCUGUUAAGUCUUGUUGUGAAAUUAGGUGCGAAAGAUUUGACCUAACACAUCCUACGGUCCAGAUCAUUCCUUCUUCCUCUACUUAA